GGAGGUGAAAGAGAGUGAAAAAAUAAAGGAGCAGACUGUUGAAAAGAUACCCAGGAGUCAGCCUUCAGCAUUGCAGAAAGAAAGAAAGAAAAUGAAGAGCUGGAAGAAGGUGAAGCGUCUGUCAGUUCCAUGAGCCAGAAUUCAAAUGAGGACACAACUAAGCCCCAGACGCCAAUCAGCAGUCGAUCUCGGAAACGGCAAACUUUUGCAGACUCCUCUCCUGUGGCAAAGUCUCCACGCCACUCCUCCACUUCACCAGCAGCUGUUGGUCGACAGCGAGUUCCAGGCCUGGCCUACAAGGUGUUGUUCACGGGGGUGGUAGAUGAAGGGGGAGAGAAAGUGUUGGCUCAUUUAGGAGGCAGCAUGGCUAAAGGCAUAGCAGACAUGAACUGUCUGGUGACCGACAAAGUGCGCAGGACUGUCAAAUUCCUGUGUGCUGUGGCUAAAGGUGUCCCGAUCGUCACCACAGACUGGCUGGAAAAGAGUGGUAAAGCUGGAAGCUUCCUGUCUCCUAAUGCUUUUGUUGUGAAGGAUCCCGAGCAGGAAAAGAAGUUCAGUUUCUGCCUGCAGGACUCCCUGAGGACUGCCAGCAGUCAGCCGCUCUUACAGGGAUAUGACAUCCAUGUCACAAAGUCGGUGAAGCCAGAGCCAGUUCACAUGAAAGACAUCAUUUCCUCAAGUGGAGCUAGUUUUCUAUCAAAGAUGCCCACCAGUAAUAAGCCUCAGACUGUUGUGAUUUCCUGUGAGGAGGACUGGCUGCUGUGUGGUCCAGCUGUUUCUGCAUCUAUCCCCGUGGUCACUGCUGAGUUCAUUCUCACGGGGAUCCUACAGCAGAAACUGGAUUUUCAGUUGCAUAAGCUCUCUCCACCUGCAGCUGCCCUGCAUUAUUCCCCUGCAGGGGGCAAAGGAAGGGGCAGGAGGAAGACUUAGUAUUGAAGACCUGAACAACAUGUCACUGUGUGUGUGUGCCGACAAAACUGGCAGUAGCGGUGCUGCCCAUUAUUUGUAGAUUCUCUUAUGAAUUUUACAUUGUUGGGAACAUUUGUGAGUCAGCUACUCCUCAAGACUGAAGAAUGUAUUUGUGUAUGUACACAUGGAAGAACAUGUCAUUUUACUGACAGCUGGUAAAUGUUUAAAAAUGGAUUUUACACUUUACAAAAGAGUGAUGUGACAAACAAAACAUGAGGAGUUUACCAGAAAGACAAGUUUAGAUGGAUGCUGAAAUCUUUCUUCAAUCAUGAUGUCAGAAAUCUACUUUCAGUGCAGUCUUAUCUUUUUUAUCUACGUAUGGAAAAAUACAAUUUUGCAAAAUUGUUGUAAUGUUGCUGCUAUCCUUCCCUAUCACUAUCCCCAUUUGCACAAUAACAACAAGAAGCAGAGCAUAACUUACCACUGCUCUUUUUUCCAUGUUCCAAGCGGCAGGUGCCUACCAUGAACUGAGCGUUAUAAAGAUCAUGUUUAGAUAGCAGACUAGCUGUGCUGAUGGGGUUUCUUCUCAAAUCCCCCAGCUCUGGUGGUCUAUCUAUGAUAAAAGCUUGUUUACUGUCUUGUUAAGUGCAUAUUAGCUUUUAUACGGAGAUAAACAUGAACUUACCCGUAUGUUUUUUGCUUCCUCGUCCAUCGUCUCCAUUAAGCACCUACUCCAUUAAGACUUCAUCCAGUCCUAUUACCUUCAGGGAAAGCCAAAUACAAUUAUAGGUAACUGACUGCUGCUUCUACAUCAGUAUCUUAUGGCGAUCCCAUCCAUUUAUGAACCGUCUCUGUGCUUCAUGUGUACAUACAUGUCUUGGUGCUUUGAAAGACUGGCAUACAGAAAUCACAGCUGGUUUUCUUUCAUGACCCACAGCAAACGUUUUUACAUGUUCUUCCUGGUGUAACUUUUAAUUUGCUAAUAGCAUUUACUAAUAAAAGCAAUACAUAUUU